UUCAGAAGACUGACAGUCACUGGUGACCAGGAGAUAAAAAAAUAGACAGGAGCCUGUGACCACAGACAGACGGACAGACAGACAAACCGACAAGAAGCUUGUUCGCCAGUCACCUGAGAGACGCACACCGAAGAAAAACCUCCAUUUUAAAGAUGCCUGAGAACAGCGAGCUCAUUCACUCCUACAAAGGUGUCCCCUUCCCCACCAGAGUGUCCAUCAACCAGCUCAAUUCCCUGGAUGCCUUCGAGGCCAGAGAGGACGACCUGCUGCUAGUCUCCUACCCCAAAUCAGGCACUCACUGGCUGGUGGAGAUCCUGAAGAACUUGUACCACUGCACCUCCGGUCAGGUGACCAUCGCCCCUCCCCUGGAGUUCCAGGACCCCUCCAAAAUCUGCGAGCUGCGGAACCUUCCGGGCCCCCGGGUCAUCCCCACGCACCUGCCCCAGAACAUGGUGCCCCGGCAGGUCCGGAGCAAGGACUGCAAGGUGAUCUACGUGAUCAGGAAUCCUAAGGACACUGCCGUGUCCAUGUUUCACUACUACCAGCAGAACCCCCACCUCCCCACCGUGCACAAGUGGAGCACCUUUCUGGACCUGUUCCUCAAAGGAGAAGUGGUGUACGGCUCCUGGAUUGAUCAUCUCCUCAGCUGGGAGAGGGCAGAAACCAAUGAGAAUACACUCUUUGUGUACUACGAGUCACUGAAAAAGGAUCUGCCCAAGUACGUGCAAGAGAUCAGCUCCUUCCUGGGGCUGAGCGUGACCGAGGAGCAGGCACGGGAGGUGGCCAAGAGGUCCUCCUUCCGGGAGAUGAAGGAGCGUGUGGAGAGGGAGAAGCAGAGGGAGAGGCCCGACCCCACCAAUACCGUGUGUGCCCUGACAUCCGACAGGAAGCUCAUCUUCAGGAAAGGAGCCGUGGGGGACUGGAAGAACCACUUCACUGCGGAGCAGAACGCCACGUUUGAAGCACUACUGCAGGAUAAAAUCAACUCCAGCGAGCUGGCCAGCUGUGUGGAGUAUGAAUGCUAGCGCGUCGUGAAAUGACAGCAGAAAUAUGCUAUAUAAACUAACACCUCACAUAUAGUGUGUCGGCUUAGAUGUGAACACUUCAAGCUGUAAACACUGGGUUUUAUCAAUCAGUGUACAUUUAAAUGUGCAUGUAUACUUAACAGGUGUGUGCGCAAAGAUAUUUUGUUUCCUGAAAUGAUCUGCAGCAUAGUUUUUUUUUCAUCAUUAAAUGAAAUAUUGGCUCUGGAGCCGAGUAAAAAUGGCACUAGUGUUGUUCGCAUAUUGAACACGAGGUGGCAGCAUUUGCACAUAGAUCACGUCUCUCUAAAUCCGACAAACUACCGCCACAAGUCUUGCUUCCUUCAAACAGCGCCACCGCUGUUGCUAUGUACAUAUUCCAUUUCUUAUUCCAUUACUGUACGCAAUUUACGUGAUUAUUUAUUUAUUAUUGUUUUUCCUUUGUUUUGCAUUCGAGUCUUUCAUUUCAAUAGCAAUAUUCAAUUGUGUUUUUAUCAGUACUGUAUUGUGCAUGCGAGUGAUUUAGUUAUGGGGUAGUCGGCUACAAUGUGCCUGCACCAUAGGAUGACUGAAUAAAAAUGAUCUUAUAUUUUCA